AUGCCCCAUUCCCCAUCGCCAAAUCUUGAGGCAACCUCUCCGAUCACCAGUAACCCCUUCGUCGACCCAAUUGCAGACCCACCAAAGUUCGACAUAGCUAAUGCAGCGGCUGUUGAGAAUCAGCGACGACGAAACGGUCGCAGGGGGAUUGAUUCUGCCAAAGUUGUGGUACCUCAACCGAAGAAAAGGCUGUUCUUCAAUGAAAUUGGUGAUACUCUAGCGGACCAACUCUCUGUGGACCCUGAUCAAGACAAGAACCAAGGUUUCCUGGGCUUCUCUACUCUCAAACGUGUACACGGUAGCCUCACCAUGACACCAAUUGCCUCACCAUGCGUUUCCUCCGGGGAUAGCAACAGUCGCAUGCUAACAGGAUAUUACGACACACCACUCAAAAGUUGGGACAAUCUCACUCAUGAAUAUGAGAUUACCAUUUCACCUCCCUUGACAAAAGCUGACUCUGAGUGCCAUCGUGGAGGUUCUCCUCAUAUUCGGUCCAAGCCCCAGUCGCACUUGAGCGUGUUUAGCUUGGAUAACUUCUUUGCGAUGACAGCAAUUGAACAACUGACAGAGUGCUACGGAAAGGUCGCUCAUAUGGGUAUCUUGGAUCCCAGCUACCGUUUCUUUGUAAAUGAAACGCGUACCGCAGCACUGUCCUUUAAAGUGCAAAACGGGAUCGCAAUCGUCGGUGGAGAUCCGCUGUGUGAACCGAGUAUGAUUCCGGCUCUUCUAGCAGACUUUGCAAUUUAUAGACGACGGCAUAGCUGGGGAAUAGCGUUUCUGGGAGUCAGCGAACCAUUUGCACGACACUACGCCAAAGCACACGGGUGGACGACAAUGAAAUUCGGAAGAUCGCGCGUCCUCAAUCCGCAAACAAACGAUGUACUUCUCGAGCGCAGUGGAAAGCGAAUCCUAACACAGACCAGACAGCUAUUGGACCGUCGCAAGGGAGGGAUUGCACUUGGUGUUUACGCACCUGCAACACACGGGGUAGAUCGCCAGCUGCAAAUGGAGCUAUUGGCCAUAUACGAAGCCUGGCGCACAGAUCGCAACAUCUCCGGCAUCCAGCAAGCUUUUAUAACUGUAUAUGAUCUCUUCGCGCUACCAGCGAUGAUGACCUUUGUUUACACCCGGGACCCUGACGGCCGCCCCAACGGCUUCGCUGCCUUACGCCGCCUCGGAACAGUUGGCUAUCACCUCGAUCCCUGCAUCGCGAUGCCAGGAAGUCCCAAAGGCAUAAGCGAUCUUCUUGUCGUCGCCUGCAUGGCCCUUCUUCAUCAUGCCGAUGUUUCAUAUUUAGGCCUCAGCUUCGAACCCCUUGAUUCCAUCUCUCGGGGAGAUAUCGCCGGCGUACCACCUCUAGUCUCUCAUCUAAUUUGUGGCUUGUACCGCCAUGUAGUUCAUCGCCUUCCUUUGCGCGGCAAAAAAGCUUACCACGAUAAAUUCCGACCGGAUUCGUCCCAGGACUCUGAAAUUUAUCUUGUGUUCCCAAGAUGCAUGACAUCUCCGCGCAACUUACUAGCAAUGGCACAUAUGGCGAACAUCAGUUUGUGCAACGUCUUCUGGGAAGAUAUUCGGAAAUGGGCUUCUAAGUGCAGGAAAAAGUCUUCGUCAGAAAUGCCGUCAGAUAAAAGGCGCAGCACCAAGGAGAAUGUGUAA